UCCAAUUCCAAACCUUUGACCUCAAGCAUUCAACAUUUCAACAAUGUUUGCUCUCCAACUUUCCAGUCAAGUCUCUCGGCUGCUGUCAUCUUUCAUUGGCUUCCACCAACAACACCCCAAUAGCCAACACAGCUCACAUUCACAAAUCAAUAAACUCAAAAGUCCCCGAACUUAAAAGAAAUCUCAGACUGACACAAAAAACUAAAAACUUUCCACAUAGAGAGAAAAAAGAAGAAGAGAGAGAUGGAGAAAAGGCUCUCAGAGGCAGCAAUGGAAGGAAACAUUGCGACCCUCAAAGAGUUACUCUUAGAAGACCCUCUCCUUCUUGACAGAACCAUUGUUUCUUGCGUAUCAGAGACUCCUCUCCACAUAUCUUCCAUGUUGGGCCACUUGGGUUUCGUCAAGGAGUUACUGAGUCUUAAGCCCGAGUUGGCCUCCGAGUUCGACUCACACGGAUCCUCCCCUUUGCACCUUGCAUCAGCUAAAGGGUACCUGGAGAUAGUCAAAGAGCUGCUGCUGGUGGAUCCUGAGCUUUGCAUGGUGAGGAACCAGGAAGGGAGGACCCCACUACACGUGGCGGCUGUCAAGGGCCGAGUUAAGGUGGUGAGUGAGUUGGUACGAGUCAAGGCUGAGUCCACCCGGGUGCUCACGGACCGAGCUGAAACGGUGCUGCACUUGUGUGUGGGGCAUAAUAGGUUGGAGGGGUUGAAAGUUUUGGUUGAGGCAAUUGGGAAAGAUGAUGAAUUGGUGAAUUGGAAGGAUUGUGAUGGGAAUACUAUUUUGCAUAUUUCUGUGUCCAAAAAGCAGAUUGAGACCAUAAAAUUUUUGCUUGCCAAGACUAGUGUUGAUGUGAAUGCACUGAAUACAAAUGGCUCUACAGCUUUUGACAUUCUAAUACAGAGUCCCAGAGAUUUGAGGGACAUGGACAUUGAGGAAUUUCUUCGAGGUGCUGGGGCUUUAAGUGCAAAAGAUAUACGUCCGAUUGUGCAAGAAUGGGCUCCAACAAAAGUUCCUCGAAUAACCAAAUCUCUAACCUCAACACUAACCACGAAAGAGAGUGGAUCAGAGAGGCCAGUAGUGAAGCAUAAACAUACUGAUUGGCUUGGUAGGAAGAGAAGUGCAUUGAUGGUGGUGGCAUCUCUUAUUGCAACUGUGGCCUUUCAAGCUGGAAUAACCCCACCAGGAGGUGUGUGGCAAGAUGACCUCACGGUUGAUGAUAAUGGGAACCCUGUGAAAAACCCUCACAUCGCUGGAACAGCAGUCAUGGCAUACACUGAUUCACUUGAGUAUGGUCAGUUUAUGAUUUUCAACACAAUUGCUUUCCUCGCAUCUCUAAGCAUAAUUCUUCUACUUGUCAGUGGCUUACCAAUAAGACGUCGGAGAUGGAUGUGGAUUCAAAUGUUAAUUUUGUGGAUUGCCAUCACUGCACAAGUGGUAACUUAUUUUAUCUCUCUACGUCACAUGUCCCCAGAUAAAGUGCAAGGCAUGCUGCGUGAUGUUACUGAGAUAUCAGUCUUGACCUGGUUGGCGCUAAUUAGUGUCGUGUUCAUAGGCAAUAUUAUUCGUAUGAAUUUGUGGGUUCUCAGAAAGUAUGGUUAUAUUAAGGAGAAAGAGUUAGCAGUACCUAAUGCUGAAAUUGAUGAUGACCAAGAAGAAGUGUGAGGUGAAGAUUGUAAUAAAAGGAAAUCCUCCCAAUUUUUAUACUGAUAGCCAACUCUGCUCUUCUUGUUUUAGUGUUGCUGAUAUCCCAGAUUGUUAGUCAUCAGUGGAAUGCUAUUUGUAGUAUGGGUGUGGGAGUAGUCUUUAGGCAAGUUUUGUUGCUGAUAAAGCCAAGUCCUUUUCUGGUAAUUGCCUGAAGUAAGUCAUUUUUUAUCCGGAUUGUUUUAGUAAGUCAGUUUUUAUCCGGAUUGUUUUAGUUGAGAUGGGCUAAACACCAUUUUUGUGAUCUCUCUUGAUUGGUUGUACUAUUUGUUUGGGUUAUAAAUUGACCCAAUUAAUUAAUUCAUUUACCCAACUUUAUUAA